GAGUGCCGGCUGGUGCUCGAGGACGUGCUGCAGAGCGAGGACACGGAGGGGGUGCCGCUCCUGAUCCUGGCCAACAAGCAGGACCGCGAGGACUGCGUCGAGGUGGUGCGCAUCAAGGAGGGGCUCGUCAAGCGCGUCUUCGAGGGCGAGAAGUCGCACAGCAUCCGCGACUCGAGGGUCCUGCCCGUCUCGGCACUGACGGGCACGGGCGUGCGCGAGGCCGUCGAGUGGCUGCGGUCCCGCGUCAAGUGGAACAAGGAGUCCAGGCCGCCCGUCAUGAGGUAG